AUGAAGCUCUGGAGUCGCCUGGCCUGCGCUGGCAUUCUGGUCGCGAGUGCCGUUGUCGCUGAUGUACUCUCACCGGACGCGAUCGAGAGAGAUAUUGAGGAGAAAAACCUCCAGAAUGUGCUUUGGAACCUGAACCACAUUGCCAGCGACAACGGCGGCAACAGAGCCUUUGGUCUCCCCGGCUACAACGCCUCUCUCGACUUCAUCCUUGAGCGCGUCCAGACACGCUUUGCCAGCGAGUUUGACACGUACGUUCAAAAGUUCACGCACCUGUUCGAGACAACGAGGUCCAUUCACGUCACCGGACCCGAGGGUGAAAACGUCUAUGUCAUUACUCUCCAGUACAACACGGCCACGCCUAUCCCCGGCGGCAUUACUGCCGAGCUCAUCGACACGCCGGUUGACGACGAGCGGGGAUCUGCCUGUUUCGAGGACCAAUGGGCGGGCAUCGAUGCCACGGGCAAGAUUGCCCUUGUGCGGCGCGGCGUGUGUGCUAUUGCCGACAAGCUCAAGCUGGCCAAGGCUCACGGUGCGCUGGCCGUCAUCUUGUACAACAACGUGCCGGGCGACUCCAUUGGAGGGGCGACCCUGAGUGCCGAAAACAUCGGACUGCUGGUCCCUGUUGGAGUUAUUACCGAAGAAUACGGCAAGGGCUGGAAAAAUCGUUUGGGCCUGGGAGAGGUGUUGACGGUCAAUCUUCUCGUGGAUUCGAUCAAUGAGCCCAGAGACAGCUGGAACAUCAUCUCGGAGACCAAGGAGGGCGAUCCCAACAACGUGGUUAUGCUUGGUGCUCACUUGGAUUCUGUCCAAGCCGGUGCCGGUGUGAACGACGAUGGCAGCGGAACAGCCGCCCUUCUUGAACUGGCCACCGCUUUUAGGAGAUACACGGGCUUUACCAACAAGGUUCGAUUUGCCUGGUGGGGGGCCGAAGAGAGCGGCCUGAUCGGCUCGUUGUACUAUGGCAGCCAGCUGUCUGAAGCGGAGGCUGAUCGCAUUCGCUUCUACUUCAACUACGACAUGAUUGGCUCCAAGCAGCCCAUCUACGCCGUCUAUGCCGAUACCGACGCCCACAAGACUGGAGGCUCUCUUCUCUUUGACUACGUCCAGUCCAAGGGCAAGCCGGUUUACUAUGGCGGAUUUGGGUCUUCCUCAGAUUAUGUUGCCUUCUUGGAGCUUGGUAUCCCUUCUUCUGGCCUCUUCACCGGAGCUGGAGCUCCAGAGGAUGCGUGCUACCACCUGGCCUGUGACAAUCUCGACAACAUCAACUGGGAGGCCCUCACUCUCAACACCAAGGCUGCUGGUCGUGCGGCGGCACAGCUCGCUUUGAGCCUGGAUGGCAUCCCCCCUCGAGAGAAGACGAGUCUCAACCCCAGCAGCAGACGGGCUAUCCAGAGACGGCUUAACCGGGCGGCACAGCUCACCAAGGUGAUUGAGAAGUCUCACAGCUGCGGAGGCGUAGGUGACCACACAGUCUGA